AUGAGAACGACCCUGUUUGUCGCCGGCUUUGGCUCCCGAACGCGUGCAAGAGACUUGGCAUACGAGUUUGAAAGAUAUGGUCGUCUUGUACGUUGUGAUAUCCCUGCACCCAAGAGCUACUCCUCCAAGCCUUAUGCUUUUGUAGAGUUUGAAGAUCCCCGUGAUGCUGAGGAUGCUUUUAAUGAGAUGCAUGGAAGACGUAUCGAUGGCUAUACAAUCAGCGUACAGUGGGCUCGUAACGCACCAAGUGCAUCGUGGCGCUAUGACAGAGGCUCGCCUGGCCGCCGUCCUCGUUCGCCAAGCCCACGUCGUUACAGCAGAUCGUAUGGCGCACCUGUCCCUCGUGGCCGCAGCCGUUCGCGCAGCCCUUACUACCGUGGUGGUGGCGGCGCAGGCCGCUCCCCAUCUCCCCGCGGACGCUCGCCUCCUCCUUAUGACCGUCGCUACGAUUCGCGCUCGCGCUCGCCUCCUAGAUAUACUGAUGAACGUUAUCCUCCCGCCGCCGAACUUGCCACCCGCGACUCACGUUCCCGCUCUCCUGUCCCUGAGAAACGACGCGCCGACUCGCGUUCGCCCUCGCCUCGAUCCCGCAGCCCUGCUGAACAGUAA